GAUCUUCCCAAUGAGGUCGGGCACGCCCUUUGUUUCCCUGGCACUAACGCCAAGACAUCAUUCUUGGUGGGUAUAAGCGAAGCUUGUGCGAUGUGACAGGAUACUUUGGUUGGCUGAGAGGUAACCUAGCGCUUACUCCAGCACCCGAUCCAACCCCCUCGCGCAAACCCAGAAUUGGGAAGGGGAGGGCUGAACUUGAAACCAUUCUUCUCAUGCAGGGGCCUCCAAUGGGUCUCUGGCCAGCCAUCCGAUCUGGAGCAAUUGGGUCGGUGGAAUAGGGUAGUGGGAGGGGAAUAAUCUCUGUUUGAACCUGCAAGUAUUUCCUGCGUGUCGCGCACGCUAUUUCGCUGGAAUGACCCGGCGAGGGGUUGGCGGAGAUUGUGGGAAUCUUCCCUUUUUCUUCACCUUCUGCCUCCUGCACCCUUUGCGAUCGUAUCAUACUGUAUCCACCUUACCACUUGUACAAGAAAUGGUACUUUUAGGGUCUACUAUACUAAUGCGCUAAAAGGGCUCCUAGAUUUUCACUUCGUUCCUUUUCACCAGAGGGACCUUUGUUGUCCUUUAUUUUUAGACAUCCCCCCCUCCCUUCGAUCGAUUUGACUGCUAUUCAUACCAACAGCUCGCUGUGAAUACGGUAUUAACUAAACAAAUCGAAAUGGCCACAGAUCGCUCAGGUACUCAUGGACUAAGUGUUGUCUUCCGCGGCAGAGCUGAGCCUGUACCUUCCAGUCCGGAGACGGAGAGAAUUAUUGUGGGCAUUGACUUUGGAACAACACACAGCGCGAUAGCAUGGGCACAGACAUCUUCGCCAGAAGAGUACGAAGUCAUCACACAGUGGCCGGGUCAGUCGGGAAAGGACUGGGGAAAGGUUCCUUCGGAUAUCUCGUACACCACCAAUCGACCAGCUUCGAACCCGGCCCCCGGUUCGGCCCCAGGCUCGGCCCCAUCGCCAUCGCCUACCCCGAGUGUAAACUCCGAGAGUAAUAUCCCGCGACCCGAGAGUACGAGUAGUGAGGCUGCAGCUUUGGGGUUUAAAUGGGGCUUUGAAGUACCUCCUACGGACCCACAGAAGCUAUCAUGGAUAAAGAUUCUACUGGACCCAUCUCAACCACGCCCCAAUUUUGUCAACCCCAAGAAAACGACCCUCCCGAGGGGGAAGAAGAUAGUGGAUAUUGUUACGGACUACCUUGGCGCUCUAAAAUCCUACACUGUACAGACUCUUGAGCGACGGCUCGGGAAGGAGAUAGUGCAGAGGUCCAAGGUAGAAUAUGUGCUUACUGUACCGGCAGUGUGGAGUGAUAAGGCCCGACAAAUGACGAUGGAGGCGGCUAUUCGGGCAGGAUUAGGUGUCGGUUCGGAGGAUGGUGGGGCCGGGUUGCUGAAGUUAAUCACUGAACCCGAAGGAGCAGCAGAGUAUGCGCUUCGGAGUAUUCAACCCAAUUCCAUGAAGGUUGGCGAUUGCUUCGUGGUGUGCGAUGCCGGCGGUGGAACGGUUGACCUCAUAUCUUAUCGUAUAUCUUCCUUGGUACCAUUGCAACUGAACGAGGUGGCUAUCGGAACUGGCGCACUGUGCGGCGCCGUCUAUUUGGAUCGACGGUUCGAAGAUUUCGUCUCCAAACGGAUUGGGAAGGAUACAUUCAAUGCGAUGGAUCACAGGGCUCGGUUCCAGAUGAACCAGUUUUGGGAAACCUACGUUAAGAGAGAAUUUGUAGACGAUGAGGGAGUCCAAAGGGAUGAAGCGGAAGAGGAGGAAAAUGAGAGUAAAUUAUUUUGGGUGCCUGUAAUGGGUGUACCGGAUGAUGAGUAUAAGGGGAUUAGGGGAGGAUUCUUGAAACUUUCAAGGAGGGAAGUGAAGGAGAUAUUCGAGCCUAUAGUUGCACAGGUUCUGGAGUUAAUAUCUAAGCAAGUUAUUGAGGUGCUCAAGUCCGGGAAAGGGCCAAUCGCGGCUAUCCUUCUAGUGGGUGGAUUCGGUUCUUCGGAAUAUCUCUACCAGCGGAUUAAUAGAUGGGCGGCAGAUAAGAUUGAUGUUAUGCAGCCACGCAAUGCUUGGACUGCGGUUGUACGAGGUGCAAUAAUUCGUGGACUCCAGGGCGAUAUCGCAGCUGUUCAAUCACGACUCAGCCGGCGUCACUACGGCGUCGUCCACGACUCUAGGUAUGAUGAAUCGAAGCACGACGAAUCCGAGAGGGUAUGGCAUCCGCUGCGAUGUGAGUGGGUAGUGAAGAACAGGAUUCAGUGGUACAUUCGACGGGGCGACGUCACGACGGAACGGAGGAAAAUAUCCUUCCCCUUCUAUCGAACAGUCGCCGAAAGCGAUUUGGUCGGCGACACACAUCAGCUCAAGACCGAGCUGUGGGUAUGUGACGAGGAGGCAGCGCCGGAUAAGCGGGUCAAGGGCGAUGACUCCGUCCGAAAGUUAUGCGUUAUGACCUCGGAGCCAGUGCCCGUAAGUCGAUUCACCACGCACACCAACGAGAAGGCCGAGACCUUUUAUCGGGUCGAUUACUCACUCGACAUGACGGUCACUUCCGGCGUGGUGGUGUACGAGAUGAGUUUGGAAGGGGAGAAGGCUAGUGUCGGAAGGGUAACGACGAAGUAUGAGUGAUCGCCGCAGGCCCAUGACUGUGGAGGGCUGUUCGAAUAUAUGUACCGGUAUCAAUUUUCUCAGUAAUCUUUUUUACUCUCUACUUUGUAUCUUAACUUGGCGCUGAGUGUUUACGCGGAGUGUGAUGGAAUGAAAGGUGGAGACGGGUACACUGCAUUGUACCGGCUCGCCACGCAUCAUUCAAUCCUCAAAAUCUCUACCCGGGGAUUCAUAAAGCAUUCGGCUGCCUUGGCGCCAAGAUUCUAUGUUUAGGCGCCUGUUGGCAUAUCUUGGCGCCAAGGUAUUUGAAUACUUUUAUGAAUCCCCAAGUACCGUAUUA